AAUGGAUUCUAUAAUCAGAAGAUGAGAAGAGUUUCUCAAAAAAAACUGAAAACAUGUGAGGCAAAAUCUCUCCAACAUCUGUAACAUUUUGCUCAUCGGGAACGUGUGUGUCAGUUUUACGGGACUGUGGGCCGAGGCUGCACGGUCACCAUAUUAACCAGGAGAUUUCAUUUUCAUCCAUUCAGCAUUGUUCUUUGAAAAUGAACAGCUGCUCUUUUUGUUGUGCUGAAUUCAGCAGUCUGCUAUUUUGGUUUCCCCGUGCGGAGACGAUCUGUUGAUGCUCAGACAGAGAGUUUCCUCUGAGAUGACGGCGUGAAUAGCAGAUAUUGAAGCACGAUUAAGUGAUAAAUGGUGUUAUGUUUGUGGCUUUCACCUGGGGAGAGGAAACGGAGCGCGAGUGCAUGAUGACAAGACUUUCCUCUUUCUUCCUCUACUCUGACCCAUUUUCCAGGCGGCAGCCCUGAGGCACUUCUGUCUCCGGCUGUGACGCCGUCACCGAGUCGACACCAUGAACCUGCGUGGUGGCAACGUGUCAGAGUUGAUGUCGAACACAGUGAGAGCAGCCACCGCUCUGGAGUCCAACACCUGGUCCCCACGUGGACUCGAGGAAGGCACCCUGCGAUUCAAUAACUUGACAGGGUGUCACGGGAAUGACGCGCAGUUAGGGAACUGGUCGUACCGAAACGUCGGAGGAGUUUACGGCGACGAGGCUGGUAGGAUUCACGGCUCUCAGUGUCCCCAAAAGGAGAUGGCAGUGGAGAAGAACUGGGCGGCGCUGCUGAUCUUAAUCGUCAUUGCCGUCACGGUCAUGGGCAACAUCCUCGUGAUCCUGGCAGUCUCUCUGGAGAAGAAGCUGCAGAACGCCACAAACUAUUUCUUGAUGUCCCUGGCGGUGGCUGACAUGCUCCUGGGCAUCCUGGUCAUGCCGGUCUCCAUGGUGACCAUUCUGUACGAUUACGGGUGGCCGCUGCCCUCUGACCUCUGUCCCAUCUGGAUCUACCUGGAUGUCCUGUUCUCCACGGCGUCCAUCAUGCACCUCUGCGCCAUCUCUCUGGAUCGAUACAUCGGCAUACGCCACCCGAUCCACCACAGCCGCUUUAACUCCCACACCAAGGCCCGCAUCAAGAUCAUGGCGGUGUGGACCAUCUCAGUGGGGAUCUCCAUGCCCAUCCCCGUGCUGGGACUGCGAGACCACUCCAAGGUCUUCAAAGAUGGCAGCUGCCUGCUGACAGAUAACAACUUUGUGCUGGUCGGCUCCUUCGUGGCCUUCUUCGUGCCCCUCACCAUCAUGGUCGUCACGUACUUCCUGACCAUCAACGCCCUGCAGAACGAAGCCACGCUCUGCUUGGACCAGCUGGUCCCGCGGCCCAAAUGGAGCACGACGUUCACGCUGAGCUUCUUGCCGCAGACCUCGCUGUCCUCCGAGAAACUCUUCAGACGCUCGAUCAGUCGCGAGGCCGGCGGCAGAGGGAGCAGCGGCGGACUUGGAGGCGCCCGCGGGAGCGUCUCCGGCUCGCUGUUUGGGCGCCGCACCAUGCAGUCAAUCAGCAACGAGCAGAAGGCGUCCAAGGUCCUCGGGGUGGUGUUUUUUCUCUUUGUGGUCAUGUGGUGUCCGUUUUUCAUCACCAACGUGCUGGUGGUGGCGUGCGACCCGGCGGUGUGCGACGCAGGACUCAUGGGAGGCCUGCUGAACGUUUUCGUGUGGGUCGGAUACUUGUCCUCCGCGGUCAACCCGCUGGUCUACACGCUGUUUAACAAAACAUACCGAGCGGCGUUCCUGCGCUACGUCCGCUGCCGGUACCAGCCGGAGAAGAAGCCUCUCCAGCUCAUACUGGUCAACACCAUCCCGCCGCUGGCGUACAGCUCCACCCAGCUGCCCCUCGGCGACAUCGGGAAGUUACGAAACGGCGUGGUGCAUUCUAGCAACGAGAUGAAGGACUUCUCUUUACCCGGACAGGAAACAGAGAAGUGUAGGCCGGAUAAAAGUUGCGGAGAGAAAGACGAGAGUUGUGUGUGAACGCCAUCCCGUGAAACUCACAGAUCAGAUCAAACCUUUAACUUCUGUGGUCGCAUCAAACGUGGGAGAGAGGUUUAAAGUCAAAGUGCCAAAGACAAAGUGCCUCCCGGUCAGGAUUAAAAAAAAAACUCAUGAGUUCACGAACAUGUCAAAAUAAAAAGUCUGAACCUUCAGAUUUCAGUGCUUCUGAUCCCUCAGCGACAGAAUCUGGAGCUGAAUUACAACAAACACCUUUUAAUAAUAAUGUGAUCAGUGCUUGUUUCAUGGAUUUAAAGAAAAGUGUGUCAGAUUCAGAGGGAUUUAGCUGUGAGGAUGGCCAACGUGUUCUCAUCCCAAGUGGUCACAU